AGCUAUCAUCUCUUCCUUCUUUCUUUGACAUGUCUGUGUGUAAAUAAUUACUAUCAUGAAGCUUAACGACGCUUUUCUUGAGUAAUAUUCGUUUGAAGUGCUCGCUCCCGCUUUGGAAUUUUAAACCAUACUAAUAUUUCGUCAUCCGAAGCUUGUAUUCUAUUAAAUAUGCAACCGAGAAAAAGCCCCGAGCACUAGACUACGCAAUACCUUCACAUAUUUUAUUUCACACGGAUGUAAAAGAAAAUGAGUUUUGGAAAUACUUUGCUCUCGAAAUUUGGACUUGGUGAAGGCGGAAUGUCUUCUUUAUUACCUUUACAUAUCUCCCCUCCACAACAUCCCUCGGAAGAACACGAUUUAUCCGAACUCUCUCCUCGACCCGACGAUGCUCUUCUCUCCCCAGGCUUCGAACGUGAUAUUCCUUACGAUAACGAUAGUUUCCAUACUGCCAACGAUUUCGGUCCCGAUCAUCCUUUAAAGAUGGAUACUUCUACACGUUCUAAGAGUAAGGGCAAAGCUAUAGCCUUUGCCUAUCAAGGAAGGCCACAGUAUUCGCGAUCUCAAACUCCGAACUCCGUAGACGAUGAUAAUAUAUCAGCACGUGGUAGCCAAAGGGGCCUUCAAGUACCACCUGGUAUCUGGCGCCCGAAUAUUCGAACCGAACAACGCGAUAAUAACCAUGCUCAUACCAACAAUCAACCAUCCUUCGUCGAGAGUAUCCUCAUGGGCCGACCCGACCGACCAUCCGAUCGUACCUUACGUGCUGAAGUCGAUAAUACCUUUAGAAUGAUACAACGAAGAGAACGUCAAAUGCAAAAAGAGCUUCAAAGGCUAUUAGAUGCCCAAGGCGCUGCGUUAGAACGAGAUCUUGCGGGAGACGAUACUGGGAAAGGCCCUCCUAGUAGUAUCGAGCGCGGAGCAACCCCAGAUUCGACAUCAUCAACCGUACAAUCAAAGAUAUCCGGAGGAUCCGUCGUACCCGUCCGUCAACCCAAACGAAAGCCUAUGUCGAAGCGACAGGCACGAAUCGGAAUCGCCCGCUCCGUCACCAUGCUAGCCGAUCUCAAGAACGAAGAAGACGCCUACAUCGCUGGCGCCCUAGCCGAGCGCAAAACCGCCCUCUCUAGACUACGCAACUAUUCAUCCCAACGCAAAUCCAUCGCCGCCGAGAUGAAGGCCUUAGAAGAAGACAACGAGCUACCAAUCAAGACCGAAAUAGCAGCAAUGGAAGACCAACAUCGGAUUGCAUGCGCUAGUAUCGACAGACUCGAAGAAAAGCUCCGCGUACUAAGAAGAGCGAAGUCUGAGUUAGAACGGAAGCUCGGGGAAGCGAGAAGUACGCGGGAUUCGAGUUUAAGUGGUUAUAGGGGCGCUUUGAAGCAAUGCGAUCAGGGAAUCGCUGAGCUCAUGAAGUUUCCUGGAAUACAAGUGCUAGAAGUCGAAGAAUUAAAGGAACAAGGAGGUGAGGAUGUUGUUGCGCUGAUGUCGAAACACGUAUCCGGCCGUGAAUUCCUGUCGCUACGACCGGAGAGGAGGACGAUGGAGAUGGUGAAGGAUUGGUGGGAAGGUGAAGUGGCUAUUCUUGAGCAACGAAAGGCUGCUGUCGAUAAAGAGAGAGCUGCGCUAGAGGAGGGAAGCGAGAUUUGGCAACAUGUUCUCGCUCAAUUAACUGAAUUCGAAAAUGGGUUGAAUGAGGCUUUGAGAGCUGUCACGCAACAACAACGCGACCAUGUUUCCGGAAAUCCGGAAGAGGUUCUUAGGAACCAAUAUAAUGGCCUGAGGAACAUAUUGCGCGAGCUCCAGGAACAGUACGAGUACGUCGAGUCGCGAGGAUGGAACCUUUUAAUCGCCGCUAUUGGAGCUGAGAUCGCGCAUUUCCUUGGACUUAAGGAGUUUCUAGCCGACGUGAUACGAAGCUCAGGAUAUGAUGAUGGUGUACUUACGCCAAGAACAGCUGGUGGUAAUGAUCUCGUUGAUGUGCGCGAGAACGGUGUAACGGACGCGGGAUUACGUACGCAAGAGUCGGAAGAAGAUGACGGGGAGUUAAGCAGGAGUGUGGUCCGCCGUUGGGAUGAUACCGGCUUAGAACAACCACAACGGCAGCAGACACAAUAUCAAGACCACAGCUCGCCUCCCCCAGAUCUUCUUGGCGAGAAUAGUAGCGAGCAUCGUGAAGAAAACGAUAACGAAGUCCCACCUGGUCUACUCAGCGAAGUACUUCCUCAUCAUAAUGAGAGCGAGGAUGAACAUCAUAACGAUGUACCCGUCGAGUUUCUAUCUAUGCAUAGUCCGACUCUAAACCGGGACGUGCGGUUAAGGAGGGAGAGUAGUGAGAAUGAGAGUGCGAAUGAAGUUCCACCGGAUUUAUUAGCUGAAAGUCGAAGAGACGAGGAUGGUGUUGACUAGUAGUGGAUACCUUUCUUUAAUAGUACAUGAAUGAGGUUGGUGUAACGCAUUGGUUAUGAUUGAUGGGAUGGCGUGGAGUUUAGGGGUUUGACGUGGAUACCAUAGGACUUGGUUUGGUUACGUUAAAUGGUUAAUGCGUUGGAUCCAGAUAUCGGGUGAAAUAGGCGAUACAGUUUCAUGAAUAAAUCAUUAAUGAGUACUUGUACGGAUGUUUGCUUCCACUACGCUGCCGGGGGUAACUACCUAGGUAGUUAUUGAACAGUGUAUCCUAUGCGCAAACGAUUAUCACUUGUUACUCAG